AGAAGCGCGGCGGGCCGGGCCGGGCCGGGGGCAGAGCGGGGCCCGCAGCGAGGUUGGAGAUGGCGUCGCAGCCGCCGCCUCCCAAACCCUGGGAGAACCGGCGGCUGGCGGGCACGGUGGCGCCGGCUUUCCAGUCUGCUGACUUGGGUGACAAUGUGCUGACCAGGCCUGGACAACCCACAGUUGCACGAAUACCUCCACCUAUUUUGCCAAGACCGUCACAGCAAACGGGAAGCAGUAGUCUGAGCACUUUCAGGCCAGCGUAUACCAGUUCUUUUUCUCCAGGCUAUGGUUCAUAUGGAACCUCUUUUUAUGGAAGCUAUAGUCCUUACAGUUACGGAUAUGGUGGCCUGGGUUAUAACCGCUUUCGUACAGAUGAUAUUCCUCCCAGCAGGUUUGUUCAGCAGGCUGAAGAGAGCAGCAGAGGUGCAUUUCAGUCCAUUGAAAGUAUUGUGCAUGCGUUCGCCUCGGUCAGCAUGAUGAUGGAUGCUACCUUUUCAGCUGUGUACAACAGUUUCAGAGCUGUGUUGGAUGUAGCCAAUCACUUCUCCCGCCUCAAAGUACACUUCACAAAGGUGUUUUCAGCUUUUGCUUUGGUGAGAACUAUAAGAUACCUCUACCAACGUCUACAACGAUUACUCGGUUUGCGGAAGAGCUCUGAGAAUGAGGAUUUGUGGGCUGAAAGUGAGGGGACAGUAGCUCGCGUUGGCCUUGAGGACAAGGCGGCUAAUUCUGCAAAAUCCUGGCCCAUUUUCUUGUUCUUUGCUGUUAUAAUGGGAGGUCCCUAUUUGAUUUGGAAACUGCUUUCUACAUACAGUGAUGAAGAAACAGCAGUAUCUAGUAACUGGGCAAGUGGAGAAGAUGAUCAUGUAGUUGGAAGAGCGGAAUAUGACUUCAAUGCGCUCUCAGAAGAAGAAAUUUCUUUCCGUGCUGGUGACAUGCUAAAACUAGCACCCAAAGAACAACAACCCAAAAUCCGUGGUUGGCUUCUGGCUAGUUAUGAUGGCCAAACAACAGGACUCGUGCCAGCUAAUUACAUCAAAAUCCUGGGCAAAAGAAGAGGUAGGAAAACAAUGGACGUGGAAAGGAUUACAGAGCAACGGCCAGCCUUUACCGGCACAUCUGUUAGAGGACCCACUGCUACUGUGACUUUAGAGGAGCAGGAAGCUGCUUUUGAUUCUGUUUUUGCUGGAAGUAAUAAAGUUCCUGUUGCAUCUGACCCCACUGUGGUUAGUGGAGAGAAACAGGAACUCUAAUGCACUUUCAUCAACGAAGCAACUGAACUGUGCUUUAUUGAUAAAACUUAGGGUUUGUUGAAAAUCUGUAUUGUAGUGGAACACUGAUGGGUCUGUACCAGUUAUUGCUGCUACUGACUGGUGAAGGGAUGGAGAAAUGAUUGUUCAAAUUUGUAGUAUUUAUUUUUGACUCACCUAAGGCUGUACAUUAGUGACUCUACCCAACCACCUGGCAGCAGCUCUAAGAUCUUGAGACAAGGAGAAGGGAGGCAUUUAUAAUAAAGCAAACAAACAAAAAAAAAGGGGUGGGGUGGAAACUUCCAAGCUGUUCUUGUUAAGGAGACAAACUCCAAGCUGUUGUUAAGGAGACAAACUGCUGGUGAAAUCUGGACAUUAACAUCCAGUCUUCAUUGGAAUGUCAGCUUGACAAGAGGCCUAUUCAAUAGUUGUGCAAAAGGAAGAUAACAUUUCUGUAAGGUGUCUGCCAAAACUGGUCACUGAGGACCAUAAACAGUAAUAAUGCGUUUUUUCCCCCUGAAAGGAGGGAGAAUUGCAAGAGGUUUAGGUGACACAAUUGAAUUAGAAGUCCUGGGUUGCUUACUUUUUGUAAGAAGCAGGGCUUCUGUCAUAAAGACCUUACCCCUAAUGAAAAAGGGACCUGUGAGAAAGGAGAAAGAAAUACAGUUACAAAGGAAGAGCAGUGAGGCUUCAGUAGUAGUUCUAACCAGUUCUCUUUUGUUUAUUAAAAUAACAAUAGAAUAAAGAAUAUCCUGCAGUUAGGUACUUUCCAGCACACUUAUUGUUAUUCCCUUCUGUGGCAGACUAAUUUUGUAUCACUCCUUCCCAUUUUGUGUUGUAGUCUGUUAACUGCCUAUCGAUAGUCUAUCAGCUCCCAUCCGCAUCUCAACUUAUUUCUGUCCUUCAUUGUUUUUAUAGGAAUGUCAAAAUAUCUUUCCUGCCUUUUAGUGCACUAGGAAGGCAUUGGGUUGGGGGAACUUUAAUGUACUUUGAGUGGCAAAGUGGCAGCAGCAGCAUUUCUUGCUUAAUUGUCUCAGAGUUAUCACUGCGUGCUGCCCUUCAGGUGGUAAAUUUUGCAUCUGCCCAUAAAAUUUGAGGGCUCUGGUUUAUCAAAAGCCAUAAAAAUAUAAAGACUGUGCAAAGUAUUUAGUAUUUUCUUCAUAUUGGUGUUUGAGAAUUCUGUAUUGAAAUACUGUUGGUUUUUUUUAAUGAAGCAAAGAUAAUUAACACUUUUUUCCUUUUAGUAUAUAUGUAUAACAUGUUGAGCUUCUGAAGGUUAGAGCAAUGGAUAAAAUAACUAAAGCUUGUCUUAAUCAUUAAAAUAGCUUUUCUUUUAAAGGUACUCAAAACUAUUAGUGAAAGUAGGGCACGUGCCUUUGCUUAAUUGAUCCAGUAGUUUCAGUUUGACUGUUUCUACAGAGGUCUCCAAUACCCAUUAUGUGUUAGCAAAGCUUUAUACUUAAAUUGCAUUUGCUGGCCUUGAGUUCUUAGAAUUCUGUUCACCACAAAAAAAACCUCUGACAAUAAAAAAAUGAAGUGAGCACAGUUUUAUUGAGGAAGAGUGGCUGAAAAGAUGGAUAUUAUGCUGGAACCUUGGAUUUUAAAGUAAUCUCUGGAUGCCUCUUGUUGAUAAUUAGAGCAAGAAUUUAACUGGUUGUGCUCAGAUAUUGGGAGACAGUGUGAAGAAUCAUUUUUAGGAUUGUUAGAUCCAAGUGCAGAAGAAAAGGAAAGAGUAGUUAAAGGGCAAAUGAGAAACUUGAAACUAGGCUCACUAGGUUUAAAACAGAACAUGUUCCUGAGACAUUUCCCUGUGUACCAAGGCAUGGAAGAAAAUUAUCUAUAUUUGGAAAUUGCAUCUGCUGGUGAUAUAAAAAUAGCAAACAAUCCUGAAAUAUAAAAUACAAAAAGGAAAAAAGGGGGGUGGGAGUAUCAAGUUAACAGCUCUGCUAACAGCGUGUAUUCGCGGAGGGAAUUAAUUUACUGUUGUGAGAUUUAAUUAAUGGACUGCCAGCCUCUCUUGUGUCAGUGAAGGAUUUCGAUCAGAGCAAUCGUCUUUUAAAUAAAUGAAUAAAUAAGGCCCAAACUUUUUGUAGAGUAUCUGUUCAAGUUGACUUCUGUUUUCCUAUUCAGAAAAAGUUGGGAAGACAGUACUAUGAUGUUUAUUGGAUUCUUUAAAUCUUACUAAUUUUUAGAAAGAUGUUUUUAAUUUAACUUUCAGGUCAUACUAUUUUGAACACAAAUAUUUUAGUAGGAAGAUAGGUUAUUAAUAACUUAACUGACUUUUCUUUAUGGUAGUUUGACUUAGUCUACCAGUCAGCAACUAUUAUAAUUAUAUCUGCUAAAUCUUCACAAGAAUUUUGAUCUUUCCAAUCUUGUGAUCACUUUAAUGAGGAAAGAAGGCUCUGAGGAAAUGAAUUAUUUAAGUCAUGAUUAAUUGUACUGGUUGCAUAAGGGUAUUAAAAUUCAUCAAAGUAAAAUAUAUACUGUGCUUUAAGAUUUUUAUUAUUUUUUUUAAUGCACAAACUAGCAUGUGCAUGCUAGUGAGUCCUACAAUGUCAUUGUCUUUGUUUCUGCUCAUAUGUCAGGCUACAGAAAAAAAAACCACCUAAAUGAAUGCUGAUUGGAAAAGGGAGGCUGGUUGACAGGCUGCUCGAGACUUGCACAACUUUAGGAAGGUGAGAAUACCAAAAGGAGCAGGUGUGGCUGCAGCGGGAAUAUGUAGCAGAGGAGAUCAGAAAAGAGGUGCUGUUGAAAUAUUGCUAAACUUUUGCAUUGGGCAAUUGACUCUUAUUUUAAGAUCUGUACAUACUCAGUUACCUUUAUGUUAUUCUUUAGAACUACUUACAGACCUGUAGCAGACCUAGGACACUUGUUUAUGUAAGGCUUUGGUUUAAUCUUAAUUCAAUCUUAUUGAUACUGUUUAGCAUACCAACCGUUUUAUGCUUGAAUACUGUCUGAACUAAUGGCAAAUGCCAGUUUUGACUGGUUCUCUGGGUGCUAGCAUUACAUGGACAUGCACGCAUUCAAAGCUUUGUUCAGGUUUCUGAAUAAUAAAUUGAAAAUAUUCUCUUUGUCUAGUAGAACUUAA